AUGUAUUGUUAUUGUUUGUGUAUUCUUUUUUUCUUUUUCUUUUUUUCAUUUUGUGAGGGAAAGCUUUGCCUUAUUUUUGUUUUGCUUUACUUUAUCGAAUCGAAAAUGUCUAAGCAGCAGCAUUUGGUUUCUGAUUUUGAAGAUGGCUCUGGUUCAUGGUCUAAUAUCGAACAGGGGUUUGAUACUCUUCUUGUUCAUGGGGGUGUGAAGCCGGAUCCAGUGACAGGAGCUGUGCUUACUCCCAUUUAUCAAAGCACGACGUUUGUUCAAGAGUCAAUUGAACUUUAUCAAUCCAGGGGAUUUAGUUAUACCCGGAGUGCAAAUCCUACCGUGAAGGCAUUAGAGGAAAAGCUGUGCGCGGUGGAGAAGGGUGAUUACGCCACGGUAUACAGCACAGGUAUGGCCGCCACUACAACUGUUGUGUCUGCUCUGAUGAAUGCUGGUGAUCAUGCUAUUGUCACUGACUGCAGUUAUGGUGGAACGAAUCGUGCGUGCCGUGUGUUUUUUACUCGAUUUGGUAUGGAGUUCACAUUUGUCGAUAUGCGUGAUCUGAGCAAUGUGGAGAAGGCCAUUAAGUCGAACACAAAAUUAGUAAUCUCUGAAACCCCUGCCAAUCCUACGUUAACUCUCACUGACAUCAGAGCACUGUCAAAGAUAUGCAAGGCAAAAGGUCUUCUUCAUGUUUGUGACAACACUUUUGCAACGGCUUUCAUCAUGCGGCCAAUCGACCUUGGUGCUGAUGUCAGCCUCAUCAGCACAACAAAGUUUGUUGACGGCCAUAACAUGACGGUUGGUGGUGCACUCGUGACGAAGCGGAAGGAUCUUGAUGAGAAACUCCGACUGACGCAGAAUAUUCUCGGAAAUGCCAUGUCUCCGUUUGUGGCAUUCUUACAACUACAGACAAUGAAAACUAUGUCUCUACGUGUCACUAAACAAAGUGCCAACGCACAGAAGGUGGCGGAAUUCCUUGAGACACACCCUAUUGUUGAUAAGGUGUCCUACCCCGGCCUCAAAAGCUUUCCGCAGAAGGAACUCGCUGAUCGUCAACAUUCCAACGGCAAUCAUGGCGGUAUGUUGUGGUUUGAAUUGAAGGGUGGCACGGCGGCGGGUCGCCGUCUGAUGGAUACCGUCCAACGCCCCUGGUCACUUUGUGAGAAUCUUGGAGCAACGGAGAGUAUUAUCACAUGCCCAUCUGUCAUGACACACGCCAAUAUGACAACUGAGGACCGAUUGAAGGUUGGAAUUACGGAUGGGUUCAUUCGUGUUUCCUGCGGUAUUGAAGACGCUGAGGAUCUCGUUGCCGCUCUUAAGAAAGCGCUGGAUGCCAUGUGCCAUUAG